AUGAUGCCGAUCACGAAAAGCCUUACAGCUUGGUUGAGAGUGCAGGCUCCAGGUGGGAGAAACAGACAAAUCCCAGUCCUGUGCCACAUACUGCAGCAGGAUCUCACAGAGCCCCCCACCACCCCUGUGGGCCAGGGGGAUAUCCCGGUCCACACUACAGUGCCUGCAGAGAGGAUAAACCCUGGCAAACCACGCAUCGGAACCAUGGAGUGCAAUCCCACACACAAGAUGGCGGACGCACUUCCCGGUCUCAGUUAA